CUGAAACCACCCUCGGUUCCCGUCACCGCUCUUUCUGCUGCUACCCUUAUUAAGGCCCCAGAAAGAAGACUUCUACGACACCAACAGAGAGAGAGAGAGAGAGAGAGUCAGAGAUGAAAGGUGUUAGCGGUUUCAACGAAGGAGUAGCUUCGUCGGGGUCGACGUCGGCGGCGGACGUGGUGGUGGUGGUGGUGGAGAAGGACUACGUGGGACUCUCGGGGGCGGCCUCCUCGGACCCUGCCGUGGAGGAGGAGGAUGCGGAGGGCAGGGACGAGAGAGGGGAGGAGGAGGAGGAGGAGGACCUGGAGCUAGGUUUGAGCCUGGGGGCGAAGAAGGUCGGCGGCGGCGGUGGUGGCAAGGCGGCGGCGGGGGUGGCUAAGCCGUGGGAGCAGUGUUGCAGAAUUCUGACCGCCAAGGACUUCCCUUCUCUGGUGCCCCGUGCGUCGCCGAGGUCGUCCUCUACCUCCUCCGUUUCCUCCUCCUCCGCUGCUUUGGGUGGUGGAGCGAGCGGCGGCGGCGUCGCCGUCGCCGGCACUAAGAGGGCCGCGGACUCCGUUUCUCCGGAUGUCGUCGGACCCAGUCACCCACCCAGUCAGGUGGUGGGAUGGCCACCUAUAAGGGCAUUCAGGAUGAACAGCUUGUUCAACCAAUCGAAAGAUAACACCUCUCAGACUGAUGCUGCCGCCCCCAAGAAGAGCAACAGCAACGACACCAGCAUGAAGGAAGCCAAGGUGAAUAACGAUCAGGCUCGCAAUGGGAGGGCUGCUGUGAGCUCUCGCUUUGUUAAAGUGAACAUGGAUGGAGAUCCCAUUGGGAGGAAGGUGGAUCUCAAUGCUCAUCCGUCUUAUGAAACCCUUGCACUAUCUCUGGAGCUCAUGUUUCACAAACCCACCAUGGUCCUCAGUACCUCCGCCCAUGGUGUGAAGGCCUCAAUGUUGUUGGAUGGCUCUUCUGAAUUCGCUCUUACUUACGAAGACAGGGAUGGAGACUGGAUGCUGGUUGGAGAUGUCCCUUGGGGAAUGUUCUUGGACACUGUCAAGAGACUUAGAAUCAUGAGGACCUCUGAUGCCAGCGGGCUUGCUCCAAGGUUCCAAUCCUCCAACAAAUCUUGUGGGUUAAUACGAAGCAAGCCUUGAAAAGGAGAUGAAAGGACAGCUGCUGUUGAGUAUAUAGAGAAAAAGAAGAGCAAAAGUAAAAAAACUUGAGUUAAGAACGAGGUCUUUUCUUUUUUGCUUUUGUUUUUGGGCCAAGCCUAGAUGACCACUAUCCAUUUGUUAAUUUUGCCCUUCCAAGCCCCUUUUCUGGUCGGUUACCCCUUUUCCUGGGUGGUUUGCUAGGUAUACCGAUAUGCUAGGUAUGACAGGGUAUAUGAACGGUGCCUCCAAUACUGUAAAUAUUUCUGUCUCUGUUGCUUCAAUAUUUGAGGGAUGAAAUAGUUUAUGCGUUUCACAUAUCCCAGUGAAAUAAUAGAUGGUUUUGGAUGCUUACCGUUA